CCAUGGGGAUGGCUGAACGAACGAGAGGGGAUUUAUUUCCGGGUUUCAGGACGGAAAUGGCGUUUCCAUGGUAUUCGAAGAAAAGCCCGCAAAGCAAACACGGCCUUUGGCUUAAGAUAGCUAAUGAACUAGCCGACGGUGACUACUCAAUACUUCAUCCAACCCGUAAAUAAAGGGAGGACUAGAUGGCUAGAUUGGGAAGAUCGUGAUGAAGCUGAAAACCUGUCUUGUAUUCUCAUUUCAAAGUGACUCCAGUCCCAUCUGUUCAGUUUGGCUACCAGCAGAUUUAGGACUGAAGGGCUCUCUGCCUGGAUGACAAGCACACAGCCUACAUCCCUGAACACUGGUGAAAUUGCAUAGGAACGAAGAAGAUGGAAGGACCUCUUGAGUUUUUUUUUUAACAGAACAUGGAAUUUGACUGUAAUUAUGAGUGGAAUGAAUGUUUUAUAAUACUAAAUGAAGAUUUAAAGGCAUCUAAACAUCAGUGGAUUGUGGAAACCAAAGUAAAGCUGGUUACCAGGCUCAAGGUGGGGAGACGGGUAGCCUGAAGGGCAACCGGAGGGUCGACAGACUGAAAUCCAGAGCCCUAUAAGCUGAUCUGAUUGUUUAAAAGACCAAUUACUGGAGAGAGAAAAAAAAAUAUUGGUCUGUCUGUAAACGCAGCCGGAGACGACGAAGCUAGAGGCUGUGAACGUGUGAAGUUCAUCCCAGCUGUGUGCAGGUGUUCCUGGGCUAUGUAGCCAGACUUAACCCCUAGCAUGCUCCAGACCAACAACUACUCGCUGGUCCUUCUGGUCCAGCUGGGUCUGCUGACCUAUGACCUGUUCGUCAACUCCUUCAGCGAGCUGCUCAGGGCAGCGCCCGUCAUCCAGCUAGUGCUGUUCAUUAUCCAGGAUAUAGCCAUCCUGUUCAACGUGAUCAUCAUUCUGCUGAUGAUGUUCAACACCUACGUGUUCCAGGUCGGUCUGGUCUCUCUGCUACUGGAGAGGUUUAAAGGCUUGCUGGUGCUGUCUGCCAUCUACCUCACUCUCAGCAUCUCCUUUCACUGCUGGGUAGUGAACCUGAGAUGGCUGGAAUCGAAUCGUUUCAUCUGGACGAACGGCCUGUGUGUCCUCUUCGUCUUCCAGAGGGUUGCUGCAGUGUUGUAUUUCUACGUUUACAAACGGACAGCAGAGUGUCUGGGCGACCCGCGGCUGUAUCAGGAUUCUGUCUGGCUGAGGGAUGCCUUCGCCAGAGCUCGUCAGUGAGAGGGAGGAAAUGGAAGGAACAAUUACACCCCCCAAAAGGACUUAUUACCAGGCGAGGCCUGUCAGGCUCUGUGGUGACUCACUUGCCUGGGUGAGCCAUGUUCGUUAGGCAUGAAACUGAAACAGGGAGGGACUCCCUGGCCUUGUCCAAUAAGAAAUGACCAUUAUUGUUUUCCCGCUUCAAAACGGUUUGCCCAACUGAAAAUGACUCGGGGUCAGGAUGGAGAUGACGGAAAAGUGAGAAACAGCAAUGGGUUUGUACAGCAGGAUGGAUCAAGUCAAUGUACCACACUACACGAAUAUGGACUAAUGUUGUAACAAGAAGACAAGACACUAAAGGACAAUCUGAGGCAGAUUUUCUUUUUUUAAAACAGUACAUUCAUAAUGACGGCUAUUAAUUUAGUGUUUUUACUAAGAUGGAAAAAAAUAUAGCAUCCCAAAUUGCACCCUAUUCCCUAAUAUAGUGCACUAAAUGGGUAAUGGAAUGCAAUUUGGGAUGCACCCCUGGUUCUGUGAACAACAGUGUAUAAGAGUUGUUACUGGUUCCCUCUCAGGUGAGAGAGGGGAAGUCCCGGGGCUCGACUGAAUCCAGUCUGUUGUAGCAUCAAGGUAAUUUCCUGUUGAGAGCAACAUUUACCGUGAAGGAAGUCUACGCUAUAAUGCUGACUGAAUGUAGCCUCUGGUUCCGUUUGUCCUGUAGAUAAGAUGUGCUGUUUACAAAGUUCAAAUUUUCAAUCCAACACUUUUUAUAUAUUUUUUAUUUAAAAAAAUGCAGGUUCUCUGGA